AUUUCAAUUAGCAGCACCAACCGCUGCUGAACUGAGUCAGUUAGAACUUAUCAAGUCAAGAUAUAAACUCAUUAAACUAGUUACACAUUACAUGCGAUACAACCCUCAGGCGAAUUGUGCAAUGAAACUUUUGAGCUGAAAGAAGCUGUGAAUGACCUCCUGUAAAGCUAUAAAUAUACCGAGAGCCUCAGACAGAAGGAGUCUUAAGGAACCUCGACUCUGCUUUUGAGUGUUGGGUUUGAGACUAUCCGUCUCCAGAGCAAGGAUGGACAAAAUGAUGAGUAGAAGUGCCCCAGCAACAGAGCAAGACUGCCCCAUCUGCUUUAACAAGUACGAUUCUUUCGUUCGAAAACCCAAGCUCUUGGCAUGCCAGCACUGUUUCUGUGCAAUCUGCCUGAAGAUCAUGGUGUCAGUCGAGGAUGGCUCCUGGGUCGUCACCUGCCCUCUCUGCAGACGCUCCACGCUAGUGAUGGAAGCACUGAUCAGCAAUCUCCCGGAUAAUCCGCGCCUGAUGGGCAUUCUGUCCAGGAGGAUGUCCGCCUUCCCUGAGUCAGUGCCCGAGGUACUGCUGUCUCCACACCUCCUGCUGCAGACCCACACUAGCACUUGCACUCUCGUCAGCCCGGUCCCCAGUCAGCCAGACAACGAGAACGCGCACUUUAGGAAUCGGAUAACCACAUCAGUCAUCAGACGCUUUCUCCUGACCAUGAUCUUCUCCUUGGUCAUUUUGUUUGCACUGCAGUAUUUCUUCAAAAACCCGGCUCUGACCUGGAUUCUGAUCGUCCUUACUGUCCUCUGUGCAUUGACGGGGCUGUGCCUUCUAUAUUUCGGUUGUCAGAGGGGCCGGAACGGGCCAGCCACAGCAUAUUGCAACUGUCUGCCCAUGAACGACUAAUCAAAUGCAACAACUUCAAUGCUAACAAUGUAACAGUUCGAAAGUAACAUAUCGGAGCUUUGAGAUCACAAUUCAUACGCCUUAAUGCAGCAACAAAAUGGCAGUUUCGUUGCGGGACAAAUACAUCGCCUGAUAGGACUGGGAACUGGGCCAUAAGUUCAAUGCCAUUUUGAGCUAUGGGUGAAGAUUUUUAUUUGAACCGCUUAGUAUUAUGUUGUCAGCCUGUUAGUUUUAUUAGUGAACCCACUUUUAAUGGGGUUGUAAUGUGCCUUUCGUUGAUCUGCUGGUGCCUACCAGUCGCUUGUCUCAGCAAAAUAGGACAAGAGUGUGUAUUUGUUGUAUGUGUUGAACUUCAGUUGAAAAAAAGUUUUAAAUCAAAGACUUCAUGUGUUUUUCCACAGUGCAAUGAACAGGCGAACUGGUCAUUCAUGCAAGAAUCUAUUCUGUAAUAAACUGAAAUGUACAUUUUAUAGGUAACAAAGGAAGUAAGCUGAGUCAGUGGAGGUCUGCAUUUAUGUGAUUGUCUGUAACCUGGAACGUUUUACAUCAAGAGAUACCAAAUAAAUUGAUUUUUUUUCUA